AUGGUUGGUAUUCAGACGCUUGGUCAAAUGGAGUCAUUGGAAUUUAACGAUCUUAUUGAUGUUGUUGGUGCUAUAGAAUUGUCAAAGAAAACUACCAACAGGAUAAGGCUGAACUUUUUAUUUGCAAUCAUCUAUAACGCUGUAGGCAUCCCUAUUGCAGCUGGUGUUUUUCGGCCGUUUGGCUUUAUGCUACAACCUUGGAUGGCCGCCGCAGCUAUGGCUCUGAGUAGUGUUUCGGUUGUAACGUCCUCGCUUAUGCUCAAAACAUACAAGAAACCUACCUAUGGAUCCUUGUAUACCGCCGAGUAUAAAAGACAUGCAAAGUUGUUGGAAUCUGGUCAUUUUGAGGCUCGGGUUCAUCGCGGACUGGACGACACAGGCGUUUUUCGUACCAGUUCGCGUUUGUCCGUCAUAUCAAGUAAAAUGGGUUCAAUUUUAGGUUCAACCUCAAGUAUUAUCAGUGGACGUAAGAGGCAGCAGCUACUUGACGACCACGACGGUUCAGAUUCUGACGAUCUCAUUGUGUAA